CAGCAAUGACUAUCUGCAAUAAUGUGCCACUAGUUUGUUAUUCAUUUUGAAAAUAAUGGGAAGUAUGAAAUCGGUUUUUGAUGUCAAGCACCGAACAUGUCUCAAGAUCUGACCUGCUAGAAAAAUCACCAUGGUUAUUGUCACGCGGGGUGAUUAUAUUUGGAUAGAGCCCCAGACAAAACGGGAAUUUGAUGUUGCCAUAGGAGCGAGGGUUACUUCUGCGGAAGGGAGAAGGAUACAAGUGAAUGAUGAUGAUGGAAAGGAACAAUGGCUUACUCCAGAAAGGAGAAUUAAAGCUAUGCAUCCAACAUCUGUUCAAGGUGUGGAGGACAUGAUAUCCUUAGGAGAUCUUCAUGAGGCAGGCAUUUUAAGAAAUCUUUUAAUUCGCUACAAUGAAAAUCUUAUUUAUACCUACACUGGCUCCAUUUUGGUUGCUGUUAAUCCUUAUCAAAUUCUUCCUAUAUACACAGCUGAACAAAUCAAACUUUACAAAGAUAAAAAAAUUGGAGAAUUACCUCCUCACAUUUUUGCAAUAGGUGAUAAUAGUUAUAAUAAUAUGAAGAGGUACAAGCAAGAUCAGUGUAUCAUUAUAAGUGGAGAAAGUGGUGCAGGAAAAACUGAAAGUACAAAGCUAAUUCUUCAGUACCUAGCUGCAAUUAGUGGGCAACAUUCUUGGAUAGAACAACAGAUCUUGGAAGCUAAUCCAAUACUAGAGGCCUUUGGGAAUGCAAAAACCAUUCGAAAUGACAACUCCAGUAGAUUUGGAAAAUAUAUAGAUAUUCAUUUCAACAAAUCUGGAAUCAUUGAAGGUGCAAGAAUUGAUCAAUAUCUUUUAGAAAAAUCUAGAAUUGUUGGACAGGCUUCUGAUGAAAGGAAUUAUCAUAUUUUCUAUUGUAUGUUAGCGGGUCUAUCAAGGGAAGAAAAACAAAAAUUGGACAUGAGUGAUGCAUCAAAAUAUAAUUAUUUGACUCAGGGAGGCUGCAUCACAUGUGAAGGCAGAGAUGAUGCCACAGAAUUUUCAGAUAUCCGUUCAGCUAUGAAAGUUUUAAUGUUUUCAGACCAAGAAAUAUGGGAAAUUUUGAAAAUUUUAAGUGCUUUACUUCACUUGGGCAACAUAAAAUAUAAAGGAACUAUUAUUGACAAUCUUGAUGCAACAGAAAUAAUAAAUGCUGGAAGUGUAAAUAGUUCUGCUCGAUUACUUGAGGUUAACAGUUUGCAUCUUAUAGAUGCUUUAACAACUCGUACCAUUUUUGCUCAUGGUGAUGCAGUUGUUUCCAAUAUGAGCACAACACAAGCUAUUGAUGUCCGUGAUGCAUUUGUAAAAGGCAUUUAUGGAAGAAUGUUCGUGUGGAUUGUAAAUAAAAUAAAUUCUGCAAUUUAUAAGCCAAAACACUCUGCUAGUUAUUACAGAACAUCCAUUGGAGUUCUUGACAUCUUCGGUUUUGAAAAUUUUGCUGUAAAUAGUUUUGAACAGUUUUGUAUUAAUUAUGCGAAUGAAAAUUUGCAACAAUUUUUUGUGCGUCAUAUAUUUAAAUUGGAACAAGAGGAAUACAAUCUUGAAGCAAUCAACUGGCAGCAUAUUGAGUUUGUAGAUAAUCAAGAAGCCCUAGAUUUAAUUGCAGUAAAACCAAUGAACAUUAUGGCAUUAAUUGAUGAAGAAAGCAAAUUUCCCAAGGGAACUGACCAGACUUUGCUGAAUAAGUUACACAAGAUGCAUGGUAGCAAUAAAAACUAUUUAAAACCAAAAUCUGAUAUUAAUACAUCAUUUGGACUAAACCAUUUUGCUGGUGUAGUAUUUUAUGACACAAGAGGAUUUCUAGAAAAGAAUCGGGACACAUUUAGUGCAGAUCUUAUACAGCUUAUACAAGUUUCCAAUAAUAAAUUUUUGCAAAACUUAUUUGUUCAUGAAAUAGGCAUGGGUACUGAUACAAGGAAAAAAACUCCCACGUUAAGUGCACAGUUCAAGAGAUCUUUGGAUUCAUUGAUGAGAACCCUCAGUCAAUGUCACCCAUUUUUCAUACGAUGUAUAAAGCCAAAUGAAUUGAAGAAACCUAUGAUGUUUGACAGAGAGUUAUGUUGCAAACAGCUACGGUAUUCAGGCAUGAUGGAAACCAUUCGAAUUAGACGUGCUGGUUAUCCUAUACGGCACACUUUUAAAGAAUUUGUGGAAAGAUACAGAUUUCUUAUUCCAGGGGUUGGACCAGCUCAUAAAAUAGACUGUAAAUCUGCAUGUAUCAAAAUUUGCUCCAUUGUACUUGGCAAAACAGAUUAUCAACUUGGUAGAACUAAAGUGUUUUUGAAGGAUGCUCAUGAUUUAUUUUUGGAACAAGAGCGUGAUAGAGUUCUCACAAAGAAAAUUCUUAUCUUGCAAAAAGCUAUACGUGGAUGGUAUUACAGAAGACGUUUCCUUCGUAUGCGGAAAAGUGCUAUAAUUGUACAAAGGUUUUGGAGAGGUUACAUACAAAAACAGCAUUACAAUUAUAUGAGAACUGGAUUCCAGAGGUUGCAAGCACUUAUUAGAUCAAGAAUAUUAUCUCAUCGGUUUAAACAUCUUAGAGGGCAUAUUGUAACAUUACAGUCAAGAUGUAGAGGCUUUUUAAUUAGAAGAGAGCAUAUGAAGAAACGAUGGGCUAUAACAAAAAUUCAAGCUUUUGUGCGGCGAGUAGUUGCUCAAAGAAGAUACAAGAAGCUUAAAAUUCAGAAUCGUCAUCGCUUGGAAGCAUUGAGAAUGCGAGAUCAGGAGGAGGCUUAUUUAAGAAAACAAAUGAAUCCCAAAAAGGCUAAAGAAAUAGCAGAACAAAAAUAUAGGGAGCGACUUCAAGAACUAGAAGUUCGACUUCGUGAAGAAGAAGUUGCCGAAAGAAUGAAUAUCGAACAUAAAAAAGCAGUCAUUAUUGAUGCAUUCAAUCGACAAGAAGAGCAACUUGAUGAUUCAAAAUUAGUUGAUGCAAUGUUUGAUUUCUUACCACGAACUGACUCAAGUAGUGACCAAACAGCUCCUACAGCAUUUAAAGAUUUAGAACGUUCACGGGAAGUCGCCUUGCAAACAUCUUCUGAAAUUGAAGGCACACUGCCUGCCCCACCUGUUGAUCAAGAAGAUCUUACUGAAUACAAAUUUCAAAAAUAUGCUGUUACAUAUUUUCAAGGCAAUGCUAGUCAUCAAUAUCAAAGAAAACCAUUGAAACAACCACUGUUGCCUCUAGCUACCCAAGGAGAUUGUAUGGCAGCUUUGGCUCUUUGGAUAACUAUUCUUAGAUUCAUGGGGGAUUUACCCGAACCAAAAUUUCACACAAUGGAAAGAGACAACACUUCUGUGAUGAGUAAAGUUACUGCAACACUGGGACGCAAUUUCAUUAAAACGAAAGAAUUUCAAGAAGCACAACUAAUGGGCAUGGAUGCUUCUAUUAUUCCACCUGAAGUUUACAAUAAGCAAAAGUCACGCAGCAUCAGAAAUAAGCUAGUCUCUCUCACUCUUAAGAAAAAGAACAAAAUCACUGAAGAUGUUCGCCGCCAACUGCAAGAAGAAGAAUUAGCAGCUGAUACAUAUAGCAGCUGGCUUGAGAGCAGACCUACCUCAAACUUAGAAAAGCUUCACUUCAUUAUUGGUCAUGGCAUUUUGAGAGAUGAACUAAGGGAUGAGGUUUAUUGUCAAAUAUGCAAGCAGUUGACUAACAAUCCAAAUAAAAGCUCCCAUGCUCGUGGAUGGAUACUUCUUUCGUUGUGUGUGGGUUGUUUUGCACCUUCAGAUAAAUUUGUGAAGUAUUUGUUGAAUUUCAUUCGUGAAGGCCCUCCUGGUUACGCUCCAUAUUGUGAAGAUCGUUUACGACGAACAUUCAUGAAUGGUACUAGAGGGCAACCACCUUCAUGGUUAGAAUUGCAAGCUACUAAAUCAAAGAAACCUUUGAUGCUCCCUAUUACAUUUAUGGAUGGAAAUACAAAAACCCUUUUAGCUGAUUCUGCUACUACUGCUAGAGAGCUUUGUGCUCAACUUGCUGAAAAAAUUGGCCUGAAAGAUCAAUUUGGUUUUUCGUUAUACAUAGCUUUGUUUGACAAGGUAUCAUCACUUGGAAGUGGUGGUGAACAUGUAAUGGAUGCCAUAUCACAAUGUGAACAGUAUGCAAAAGAGCAAGGGGCCCAGGAAAGAAAUGCUCCUUGGAGAUUAUUUUUCAGGAAAGAAAUAUUUGCACCUUGGCAUGACCCUACCGAAGAUGCUGUUGCCACAAAUCUCAUUUUCCAACAAGUUGUUAGAGGAGUUAAAUUCGGGGAAUAUAGAUGUGAUAAGGAGGAAGAUUUGGCUAUGAUUGCUGCUCAACAGUAUUAUAUUGAACAUGGAUUAGAUUUGAGUAUGGAACGUCUGAUAUCUUUACUUCCCAACUAUAUUCCUGACUACUGUUUGCAAAGUGGUGACAAAAGUCUUGAGCGAUGGGCCAGCUUAGUCAUUACAGCUUGCAAAAAAAGUUAUUAUUAUCGUGAUCGAGUGCCAAUACCUAGAGUGAAAGAAGAUGUUGUUGACUAUGCAAAAUUCAAAUGGCCAUUGCUGUUUUCAAGAUUUUAUGAGGCUUUACGAUCUGCUGGUCCUCAUUUACCGAAAAAUGAUGUGAUUCUUGCCAUAAAUUGGACAGGUGUUUAUGUUGUCGAUGACCAAGAACAAGUCUUACUAGAGCUUUCAUUUCCUGAAGUGACUACUAUUGUUAGUCAGAAAGGAACACGUCCCUUUCUGCAAAGUUUCAGUAUUGCCACCGUUCGUGGAGAGGAAUUCACGUUCCAGUCACCUAAUUCUGAAGAUAUUCGAGAAUUAGUUGAAUUCUUUUUAGAGGGAUUAAAAAAGCGGGCUAGAUAUGUCAUUGCCAUUCAAGAUUACAAAGGUGAUGGUCCUACGUUUUUGAAUUUUACUCAAGGAGAUCUUAUUCUACUUGAUGAAAGUCACACAGGCGAGAGUGUUGCAGCUAACAAUUGGGCUGCUGGUCGCAAUGAAAGAUCAAAUGAACGUGGUGAUUUUCCAUCUGAAUUUGUGUAUAUACUUCCAGCUCUAGUAAAACCGCCCAAUAACAUAUUAGCUCUCUUUUCUCAUGAUGCAAGUGAACAAGGAAAAAGACUUUUUAUUCAUGGUCCCAAAAAUGGUCCUGAACCUGUUGAUAAGCCUCACACAUUAGAAGAAUAUGCAAUAGACCAUUUUAGGCUUCCACCUAAGCGAACCAUACCAAGAACUCUAACUUUGUCUUCUGCACGUAAAAGGGAUGGUGACCAACUUUGGAGGCAUUCUCGUGAACCAAUAAAACAACCUUUGUUAAAAAAACUACUUAAUAAGGAAGAACUUUGCCAAGAAGCCUGUUUUGCAUUCAAUGCAUUAUUAAAAUAUAUGGGAGAUCUUCCUUCAAGAAGAACUAGGACAGGAAAUGAGCUGACAGAUCAAAUAUAUGACGGACCAUUGAAACAUGAAAUAUUGAGAGAUGAAAUUUACUGCCAAAUCAUGAAGCAACUAACUGAUAAUAAGAAUAGAUUAAGUGAAGAAAGAGGUUGGGAGCUGAUGUGGUUAGCUACUGGUUUAUUUGCUCCAAGUCAAAUACUUUUAAAGGAAUUAACUCAAUUUUUACGAACAAGAAGGCAUCCAAUUGCUAUUGAUUCUUUACAAAGGUUGCAAAAAACUCUUAGGACGGGCCAAAGAAAAUAUCCACCUCAUUUAGUAGAAGUUGAAGCUAUACAACACAAAACAACUCAGAUCUUUCACAAAGUUUACUUUCCUGAUGAUACUGAUGAGGCAUUUGAAGUAGACUCAAGUACAAGAGCUAAAGAUUUCUGUCAAAAUAUUUCUCAAAGGCUCAAUUUAAGAUCUGCUGAAGGAUUUAGUUUGUUUGUUAAAAUAGCUGAUAAAGUGAUCAGUGUUCCUGAGGGAGAUUUCUUUUUUGAUUUUGUGCGACAUUUGACAGAUUGGAUUAGGAAAGCCCGGCCGACUCGUGAUGGAUCCAUACCUCAGUUUACAUAUCAGGUUUUCUUCAUGAAGAAAUUGUGGACCAACACCAUCCCUGGUAAAGAUAGAAAUGCAGACAUCAUUUUUCAUUAUCAUCAGGAAUUGCCUAAACUUUUACGUGGCUACCAUAAAUGCAGUAAAGAUGAAGCGGCUCGACUAGCUGCUCUUAUUUAUCGUGUACGAUAUGGAGAAAGUAAAGUUGAGCUUCAAAGCAUUCCAACUAUGCUCCGGGAAAUGAUUCCUGCUGAUUUGCUAAAAGCACAAAAUGCUAAUGAUUGGAAAAGAGCUGUUGUUGCUGCAUAUAAUCAAGAUGCUGGAAUGAGCCCUGAAGAAAGCAAAGUUAAUUUUUUGAAAGUUAUAUUUAAGUGGCCAACGUUUGGCUCAGCCUUUUUUGAAGUAAAGCAAACUACCGAUCCCAAUUUUCCUGAACAAUUAUUGAUUGCAAUUAAUAAACAUGGUGUAAGUCUUAUUGACCCAUCCUCAAAGGACAUCCUAGUCACCCAUCCAUUUACGCGUAUUUCGAACUGGAGCAGUGGAAAUACAUAUUUCCAUAUGACUAUUGGAAAUUUAGUAAGAGGGAAUAAAUUGCUGUGUGAAACGCCAUUGGGUUACAAAAUGGAUGAUUUAUUAACUUCUUAUAUUAGUUUAAUGCUCAGUAACAUGAAUAAGCAAAGAACCAUCAGAGUAAAGCAAUAAGUUCACAGUUAAGUUUUAUCACCAAGUGCUAGCUGCUGGCUCAGCAUGAUGCACCUAUAAACAUGAUGCAAAUGUGCCUAUAUUCAUUUGAACUUUUGUGCCUCUAGUACCUCAUGAAAGGAUGGAAGACGAACUUUCUGUAUAGAAGAUAUUGCUGACUCAACAUAUAUUUUUAGAUGUUCUAUACUAACGUAUUUUUAAAAAAUAUAUUUUACUUUUCAUUCCAUGAGUGAAAUAAUUGUUGAAAAUUUCAUGAUCGCAUUUUCUUAUUCAAUUGUUAAUUUUAUAGAAAUGUUGAUGUUUGUAAUUGAUCAUAGUAUAUACAUAUUUUACUAAAACUAGCUGUUUAGCAAAUUAUAGAAGCAUAAGUACUUUGUAUAAUUAAGUGCAGCUAAUUUCCAAGAAUGAUAUUUUGGCAGCAUUUAUUUUACUAUUUCUGUAAAAUGUUGAGUUUCUCUCUUUCUGUAAAAUGUUGAGUUUCUCUGUUUCUGUAAAAUGUUGAUACAUUCCUAAAAUUUGUGUUUUAAAUAUAAUGUACAAAUUGUUGAGUAUUUUACAUGACUUUUAUAUUUUAUUUGUAAGAUCAUUUUAAAAGUGUUGUAAUUUAAUUGCAUGAAAUUACUUUUUUUUCUGCAUAUAUUUGUGAAUGUGUAUACAUUGUAGAACAUUCCAAAAGAUCUACUCUUCAGUUCAAUAAUAAGUCUGUUUUGAAAAGUAUCAUUUAUAUUAAGUAUUGCAAGUUGCUGUUGUGAAUUGCAUGAAAAACCUGUUAUAUUGAUACGAAGUUGUUAGUACAUUUUGGUAAAUUAAUUUUUGUUGAUAAAUAUCAAAUUAGUAUGUUUAGUGCCAUGUCCCUUAAUUUGCCCUCUCUUUCUUGGUGUAGAAGCAUUGGAAACUCAAAUACCGAUUACUCUGACUUUUCUUAUAACCAGAAUAAUGUUUCUCACCUUCUUCAUCAUGUGAAAAAUGGGGCAAUUAGCUGAAAAGAAAUAUUAGCUACACAAAAAUGAACAAAACUAAUUUCCUUUUGUGUGCUAUAUAAUGAAUAAAUAAAUUUAUGUACAUAAAACAUAGCUAUUAAAGAUAUUUCAGAAGUUUUUGCUGUAUAUAUUCUAAAAAGUAAAAAUAUUUAUGUGAAUAAUUUUAUAUAGUUGAUGUUAUACCGCGAAUAUAAAAAAAUACACUUUUACAAUUGUUAUUGAUGCCACUUUUGGUUGAAGGUACUGAAGUUGAAGGAAGUACUAGUUUAUAUUUUGAAAUUAAUGCCAAUGUGUCAUUCCAAAAUGUAUGACAUUAUUAAGAAAUAUAUAUUCAAAAUAAUAAUGUCUAAAUAUGUAUUUUAAGUGUGAUGAAUAAGUAGAUUCAUUUUGCAUUUUUUUGUAUGAAAUCAUCUUUCCCCCUUUAACUCUUUUUUCUUCUGCAUUUAUUCAUUCAGCUUUACUUACUUUUCUUCAUUAAAUUUGUCUAGAUUCAGUUUCAUUUUAUUUUUAAGUUUUUGAAACUUGUGUUGCUACAUUGAAUUGAUAUUGAUCAUCCUUAUAGGAGUACAAAAUAUCUUACGUAAGUUUAACAAAAAAAGUUAUGUCAGAUACAUUUACUACCAACUUUGAACACAAAA